AUGACAUCUUCUAAACUUUCCCACAAAGCAUAUAGAUUUUUUAUCCCAUUCGACACACUCACACAAUUGUCUUUUGCUUGGUUCACAUUUUUGUUAUUUGGUCAAGCCAUUGACGCCAUCUUCAAGUCCAAGCGACCUCGAUUUUUGAUGAGCAUCUACCGAGAAGAAUUUGUGCUGCUGGCAUUAUCGCUUAACAGACGAUACUUCUCUAUCACACUCCCGGCGCUUCCGGUCGCCAAAUUGGUCAAUGCCAAAAUGGACCUACAGCCCCCAACGGCCGAUCCUGGCCUUCUAUUCUUCGUCGGUGAGUAUGAAAUGCUGAUGGUGGAUGCAACUGUGGCCUACGCCAGAAGGCUAAGGAGUAGCGAUCAGAUGAGGAUCAUCAUUGUUCGCAGUCCCGUGACAACACGUAAGAGACACACAUACAGAUGGACAUUCUUCGUUAGCUUCCUCUUAAUGAUGAUGCUAAUACCUCCGAAGAUGGGAGUGGGAGGUGGUGGUGCAGAUAUUAGUGCCGGUUAUUGUGGGGUGGAGGCAGUAAUGGUUGAUUUUGCGGUUGUCGACUUCGACGAUGACGACCAGAGAUCUUGGUAG